AUGAGGAUGGGUCCACCAUGCGAAGUAUGUUUGGAUGCUGAGGAGACUAUCGGCCAUGUACUUCUUCGAUGUCCUACAGCUGUGCAGUGUUGGAGAUUGGCCUCGGCGCUACUCCCACCUAUGUGGGAGUCGGUGGAGGAUAUGCUUCGAUUUUUGAGUGAGUCUAUUCGGAGGCCGAGUGUUGCUGAGACAUGUUCUAUUGUGGCUUACCUAGCCUAUCACAUAUGGCUCGCCAGAAAUGACCGUCUAUUCGAGGGUGGGUGGCCGACCCCACGGGCUAUGAUGGAGAGAGCUCUGAGGCAGGUAGCGGAGACAUCUACGAUGGCCACGUCGGCACCACCUGGGAGAACCAGGGAUAUCUGGGGUACCUACACUGCUGUUUUAGCGUCCAGGUUCAGUUACUUCUCUUGGGUACCCCCAUCCCCUGGUUAUCUUAAGGUGAAUUUCGAUGGUGGCAUGGCGGAGGAUGACGCCUCUGGGGGUGUGGUUUUCGUGAUCAAGGACCACAGGGGCACCUUUAUUGCUGCUGGGGGACGGAGCACUCUUGGCGGUUCGGCGGUGGGAGCAGAGCUGCAGGCUGCUUGGGAAGGUGUUUCGUUUGUGAGACGAGUACUGGGGGCGAUAGACUCGUUCUCGAGGAUGACUGUUCUACAAUGA